AUGUUCACACCCUCCUCACAUCCUGUUAAACUCACUUUCUUGAAUCUCCUCUUGUCCGUUUGUGCUGAAUGUAAAUUAGCUAAUGAUGCAUUGGAGUGCUAUGUUUUAGUGAGGAAAGAUGGUGUGUUUCCUGCUCUCUGGGCUUUUAAUCUUGUGCUGGAGUGUUUGGUAGGUGCGUGUAAGUAUGAUAAGGUUCUUCAAGUGUUUGAUCAAGUGGUUGAGCUGGGUGUUGAGGUUGAUGGGUUUAGUUUUGGUAAAGCUGUGCAAGCUGCGGUGAAGGGGGGUGAUUUGAAGAGGGGUUUGGAUUUGUUGGAGGUUAUGAAGAGGGAUGGGAUGGUUGUAGGUGGGUUUGUUUAUAAUGUUUUGAUUGGGGGGUUGUGUAAGGAGAGGCGGGUUAGGGAUGCGAGGAAGUUGUUUGAUGAAAUGACGGAGAGAGGGGUUGUGGCAAAUAAGGUUGCGUAUAAUACGUUGAUUGAUGGGUAUUGUAAGGAGGGGGAUUUGGAGGAGGCGUUUAGAGUGAGAGAGAUGAUGAAGAGGAGUAAUGUGGAGGCGAGUAUUGUGACGUUUAAUGUGAUGCUUAAUGGACUGUGUCGGGCUCAGAGGGUGGGGGAUGCGGAGAAGAUGUUGAGGGAGAUGGAGGAGUAUGGGUUCGCUCCGGAUGGGUAUACUUAUAGUAUACUAUUUGAUGGGCAUUUGAGAAGCGGUAAUGCAAAUGCAUCGCUGGAUUUGUUUGAAGAGACUGUUAGGAGAGGGAUUAAGAUUAAUGACUUUACUUGUAGCGUUUUGUUGAAUACGUUGUGUAAGAGUGGAAAAAUGGAUAAGGCGGAGGAGAUUUUAAAGAAGCUGAUGGAGAGUGGACUUGUUCCUACUGAGGUGAUAUUUAAUACAAUGGUGAAUGGAUACUGUCAGGCGGAGGAUAUGGCAAAAGCAAUCUCUACUAUUGAACAAAUGGAAAGUACUCGCUUGAAGCCGAGUGGCAUCACUUUCAAUUCGAUGAUCAACAAGUUCUGUGAUUUGAGCAAUAUGGUCGAGGCAGAGGAAUGGGUGAAGAGAAUGAUUCAGAAGGGUAUUCCUCCGAAUCUGCAGACCUAUAAUAUCCUCAUAGGUGGCUAUGGACGAAAAUGCCAAUUUGAUAGGUGUUUCCAAAUUCUUGAAGAAAUGGAAACUAGUGGGUUGAAGCCUAAUGUUCUGACCUACGGGUCACUGAUAAAUUGUUUGUGCAAGGAUGGUAGGCAUCUUGAAGCUGAGUUGAUGUGCGAGGAUAUGGUGAAUAGAGGUGUUCUUCCAAAUGCACAGAUAUAUAACAUACUUAUAGAUGGUUAUUGCACAGUUGGAAAGCUGAAUGAAGCUUUUCGCUGCCUCAAUGAGAUGUCAGAAAAAAAAGUUGUUCCCAAUGUCGUAACAUAUAAUACACUUAUAAAUGGGCUUUGUGGAAAGGGUAAGGUAGUGGAAGCAGAAGAAUUGGCAAGUCAGAUUCCAAGUAAAGGUUUAUAUCCUGAUGCGUUCACGUAUAAUUCCCUAAUAGCAGCUUAUGCCAAGGUUGGCAACCAUAUUAAGGGUUUAGAAUUGUAUGAGAAGAUGAAAGCUUCUGGCAUCAGACCGACCUUGGUUACAUACCAUCAGCUAAUCACUGGAUUUACAAAAGAUGGUCCAGCAAUGGCUGAGGAAUUGUUUCAAGAAUUAUUGGAUAAUAAUUUGACUCCUGAUAGAUUCAUAUACAAUAAACUCAUUCGUUGCUACGCAGAGCAUAUAGAUUUUCAAAGAGCAAGUGCUAUGUACAGUCAGAUGAUAGAUCGGGGAAUUCCUCCCGACUGCUAUACUUACAAUAGCUUAAUUUUGUGUAGGUUGAAGGAAGAAAAGGUGAAAGAAGCCAGAGAACUUUUUGAUGAUAUGAGAAACAAAGAGUUAGUUCCAAAUCCGGACACUUAUAACACACUUGUUAGGGGACAUUGCAGAGUCAAGGAUUUUAGCGGUGCAUAUCAUUGGUACAGAGAAAUGUUCGAAAAGGGUAUUUUCCCAGGUGUUCGCCUUUGUGAUGAGCUUAUCUCUGGCCUAAGAGAUGAAGGUAGAUUAAAAGAGGUCGAUAUUAUCUGCUCUCAAAUGAGUGUUAAAGGGUUGCUUGAUAGUAGCACAGCUGAGGAUCUUUCUGCAGUUGCCAACUAUAAUGUCUCAGAGCAAUAG